AUGGCCAACCACGUGGAAGGGAGCGAAGGUUCCCAGAAACCCAACCAUGACACCAUCUACCCUGGCGACGAUGAGUGGGAAAACGUCCCUUUCUUCGAAUUUCCGCUUCUGAGUGGCAAGUCGAUACAAGAACAGAUUGAGUUCCUCCUACUUGCUUGGACUCUUCUGCUGUAUCGCGGAAGUUUUGUCAGAGACGAUGACUCGUUCUCCUGGGGCUUGUAUGAUGGAGGUUCAUCGCCAGCACGGCAACUAGGCACGACUAGACUCGACAACCUCAUUUCACGAGAUGGGAGCAGUAUUUCCGACGUCUUGAGAUCGAUCAGGGGCUUGUCGUCUCAACCACAGCUUCAGAGCUGGUCAGAAUGGAAGGACAAUGCGUUGUUCUUGGAAACCGGGGAUCUAGCGUCGCAACCAAAAUCCAAUCAGACCUCAAGCUUUGGUAUAGAGGUGCGCCUUGUGGACAAUCGCCUACAUGUGCGGCCGUCACGGGAGGGGACUUCGUUGUCUACGGAGAUGGCAGACUUCGAGAUCCGUGCAUUUGUGGACAUUCUUCAGUCUGUCUUACUGAAUCAAGACCAGUCAGUAACAGCGGCGCUCAGCUUAGGCGAGCAGGAGCUGGCGCGACUUUGGAAAUGGAACGAAGACGUUCCCCCGGCGAUCGAGCGAUGCACGCACGACAUCAUCGCGGAAAGGAUGGCCGAGCACCCCGAAAAGCAGGCGGUAGUAUCUUGGGAUGGCGAACUGACCUACAGCCAGCUGGAUCGGCUCUCUGGUCAUUUGGCUGUACAGUUGUCGCAAGUCGGUGUCGGUUUGGGCACGUCGGUGCCUCUAUGCUUCGAAAAGUCCAUGUGGACUGUCGUCGCGUUGUUGGCCGUCAUGAGAGCGGGCGGCACAUUUGUUCUGACAGACCCUCAACAGCCUGAAGGCCGGUUGAGCACCAUCGCCGCCGAAGUCAAUGCCCAGGUUGUUGUCACGUCUCAGAAACAAGCCGAGCUGGGUUCGCGCAUUGCACCCCAUGCGAAGACGAUUGUGGUCGCCCCAGAGCUGCUGCGGUUAGGCGAACAACCAGCACCGUCAUCGCUGCAACCUGUGCCUGCAUCCACUCUGCUAUACAUCAUCUUCACCUCCGGCAGCACGGGCAAGCCGAAAGGGGUGAUGAUCUCGCAUGAAAACUUCACCACAGGCGCAAUCCCACGAGCAGAAGCCGUCGGAUAUAAACCACAUUCCAGGGUCCUCGAUUUCCCAUCAUACGCCUUCGACGUCAGUAUCGACUGUAUGUUGUGCACCUUGGCCAACGGAGGCUGUAUCUGCGUCCCUUCGGACGACCAGAGAGUCAAUGAUCUUAGCGGAGCCAUCAAAUCCAUGAAUGUCAACAUGGCACAUAUGACACCCUCGGUCGCUCGUCUCCUGUCGCCAGAUGCUUUCAGUUCUCUGGAGGUAUUGGGCCUAGGCGGUGAGUCUUUAUCUUCAGGAGACGCAGCGGCGUGGAGCAAGACCACAAAGCUCGUCAUUGCAUAUGGUCCGUCAGAAUGUACAGUGGGUUGCACCAUCAACAACGAGAUCGACGUCACAAGGCCAUAUACAAGUAUCGGCAAAGGAGUUGGCGGGGUGACCUGGAUAACAGAUCCGGAGGACCACGAUAUCUUGACUCCUGUCGGUGCGGUAGGCGAACUGCUGAUCGAAGGCUCAAUAGUGGGUGUCGGGUAUCUCAACGACCCAGAGAGGACAGCACAGGUCUUCAUUGAGGAUCCCACAUGGCUACUCGCCGGAUCCAAGUCGGCUCCGGGAAGACACGGGCGGCUGUAUAAGACAGGUGACUUGGUCAAAUACGAUCCUGCGGGAUCAGGGAAUCUGGUUUUCGUUGGCCGGAAGGACAGACAGGUCAAGUUGCGCGGCCAACGAGUCGAGCUGGCCGAGAUAGAACAUCACAUUUUGAAGAAGUUGCCCGAGGGAGCCAGCGUCGCAGCCGAAGUCAUCACUCCAGGCGGCAAGGACCGCGAGCCCAGCUUGGUGGCAUUCAUAGCAGAGCAAAAGGACAAACAGCCUCCAAACAGUGAAGGCCAAUCUGGUGAGACAAUAUCUUUCUCCAACGAGCUUCGCCAGUUGCUCCCGGCCAUGGAGAAAUACCUUGCCACAGAGCUUCCAAUCUACAUGGUACCCACGGCCUACAUCCCUCUGCCGGCUAUGCCACUCCUGGUGUCGUGUAAGAUUGAUCGAAAACGGUUGCAGGGGAUCGGGCUCGCCAUGACACCGCAACAAUUGGCGAAGUUCCGGAUGGAGGUCUCAGAUAACCACGAGCCCCAGACGCAAGAAGAGCACAUCUUGCAAGGAAUCUGGAAACAGCUUCUGGCUUCAGAGGCCGACAUUGGGGUGAAAGGCAACUUCUUCGCAUUGGGAGGUGAUUCCCUAAAAGCAAUGAAGCUUGUCGCUGCGGCUCGCACAGAGGGUCUGUCUCUCACCGUCGCUCAGAUCUUUGCCAAUCCCUCGCUCUCGCGGAUGGCAGCAACGGCUGGGCGAGUAAGCAGUACCCCUGAAACAGAAAUCCCUCCCUUUUCGCUGCUGGACAACAGCUGGAGGGCAGAAGACGCCCAGAGAGCCGUGGCAAGUCUAUGCAAGCUCUUGCCCUCUGCCAUCGAAGAUGUCUUCCCUUGCACACCGCUGCAGGAAGGGCUGAUGGCUCUCUCGGCCAAAGUCAGCGACGCAUACAUUGCGCAGAGGGUAGUCGACCUCAAGGAUCUCCAGACCGCCCAUCUGCUGAAGGCGGCUUUCGAGACAGUAGCGACUACCAGCCCAAUUCUGCGCACUCGGAUCGUGCAAGUCCCCGGUCACGGCCUGAUGCAGGUCGUUGUAAAAGGCAAAUUGCCAUGGUCCUCGAGCAAGAGCUUAGAGGAGUAUUUACAAGACGACCGUGAUAGACCGAUGGGACUUAGUGAUGCCCUCGCACGGUUUGGCCUUGUGGUUGAUGAGCAGAAAAGCAAAGUGCACGUCGUGCUGACCAUUCACCAUGCCUUGUAUGACGGGUGGUCAAUGCCGUUAAUCAUUGACAGGGUCAAUAAGGCAUACCGCGGCCUGCAGACAGGGCAACCGACCGCGUUCAAGUCUUUCAUCAAGUAUCUCAAUGACGGAGAUCGCCCAAGCUCGGCGGCGUUCUGGAGAGAACAAUUGCAUGGUGCCACAGGACAACAGUUCCCGGUGAUACCUUUCCCUGGGUACCAACCACGGGCAGACUCUUUGCUGGAGCAUUAUGUCCAAUUCCCUAGCUCUGUCAGCUCAAGCACCACCGUUGCCACGGCUAUAAGAGCAGCAUGGGCAUUGGUGGCGGCUCGAUACACAUCGGAAGAGAGUGCGGUAUUUGGCGAGACUCUCACCGGACGCAAUGCCCCUAUUCCAGGAAUUGCAGAGAUCGAAGGGCCUCUGAUCACCACCGUCCCGACAAGAAUUCAUGUGGACAGGAACAUGCGGGUUGCCGACUACCUGCAGAGCGUCCACGAACAUACCGUCUUACGCAUUGCACAUGAGCAUAUGGGUCUCCAACAUAUCCGACGUCUCAGUGCAGAUGCCCGUGAAGCCUGUGAGCUGCGAACAGGCAUGGUCUUGCAUCCGAAUGCCGAUGGCGAGGAGAGAGAGGCCGGCACAGCCACUGAAUGUCCCGCUGACGGCUUUGUUCCUGUCAAUGACAUUGAAGCAGCUCAAGAGGCAUUGAAAUUCAAUUCGUACGCGUUGAUGCUGGUGUGCUCACUGGACUCGCGUGGCUUCUUGACAAUGGCGAGUUUCGACUCGAAAACAGUGGACGCAGGUCAGAUGCAAAAGGUGCUGGAGGACUUUGGACGCACCGUCCAGGAGCUUUGCCAGGACACGAACUUGCUCCUUUCCGAUCUGGACAUAAUGAAGGCACCCAGUCCAGUCGAUCUUCUACCUCUCAGUGAGCUUGGGGUUCAGAGCCUGCCUCAGGCUGGCGAUCAAGCCAUAAGGGAGGUCCACGAAAAUGUGAAGCGAACCUGGAUUGUGGACCCGACUCAUCUCAACCAACUUCUACCGCCUGGUGCUGUGGGAGAGCUCUUGCUUGAGAGUGUGACUGAGUUGCCUUUCACGUCGAUCGACAAACCAGGCUGGCUUCUGGAAAGCUCCGCCAGUGGCACAGCCGAGCGGACCACGCUUUACAACACUGCCCAUCGAGCGAAGUAUAACAGCAACGGAUCCAUUGUCAUCCUGGGCCACAGCAAUGAAAAAUCGGAUCUUGCAAAGACAGAACAGCCUCAAAUCAGCCGCUCCAAUGGCACGUCGCUGCCCAUGACAGCCAGACGACAACAGCUGCGCCGCCUCUGGAGUCGGAUCCUGGGCAUUCCAGAGGAUGAAAUCGGGCCUGAAAGUAGCUUCUUUGCGCUGGGUGGCGACUCGAUUGGUGUGAUGAAGCUGGUGUCAGAGGCUCGGUUGGAUGGUCUCGAAUUGACCGUGGCAGAAGUCUUCCGCUCCAGAGUGUUGAGCGAAAUGGCCGACAAUAUGAAGCAACUCGUCCCACAGCAGUCCGUUUCCAAGGCUGCGGCUCCUUUCUCAGCACUGAACACCGAUGACGUCGAGGGUUUCAUCUCUCAAGCAAUUCUGCCAGUCCUCAAACAGCCAACUUGGAAGAUCACAGACGUACUUCCAGCACGUCCUCUGCAAGAAAUUGCCGUGAGAGGGACCACACAACUGCCUCGAUACUCCGCACGAUAUGAGCUCUUCUAUCUCGACACCGCCAUCGACCGUGAGCGCAUGUUCCGAAGUUGUCAAGAGCUGAUUGCCCGAAACGAAAUACUCCGCACUGUCUUUGCCACAUAUCAAGAGACGUGCUACGCGGUUGUGUUGAAAGACCUAGAGGCCCCCAUUGUCGAAUAUGAGAUUGAGGGAGAUCUUGAAGGCUUCACAAAGAAACUCUGUGCUCUCGACAUUCAGACAAGGAUGCCUGAAGGCACACCUUUCGUGAAAUUCUUCUUUGUGCAGGGCGAGAACGGCCGGAGUUGUCUGAUCCUGAAGAUCUCGCACGCUCAGUACGACGAGAUCUGUCUGCCUCGACUUUUGCACCAACUGGCCGCCCUUUACGAACAGAAGCCCGUGCCUGACUCGUUGCCGUUCUCGUCGUACGUGUACCAUGUUCUGCAAGAGAAUAUCCCAAAGAGCAUUGACUAUUGGCGUAAUCUCUUGAAGGGCUCUUCAUUGACAGUGUUGCGGCCAGAGAUCUCGCUGAAGUCGAAGAACCCAGCUGCUGUAUCAAGGACGUUCGAUAUCUCCGGUCGAAAUAAAGACAUCACCGUUGCAACCCUGCCAACCGCGGCCUGGGCGCUUUGUCUCGCCCACCGUUUGUCUCUACAGGAUGUGACAUUCGGAGAGGUUGUCAGCGGGCGCAACGUCGGCCUUCCCAACUGUGAUGCGGUGAUGGGUCCCACUUGGCAAUACAUUCCAGUUAGAGUGAAGUUCGACCAUGACUGGAAAGCAAUAGACUUGCUCAACUUUGUCCAGCAGCAGCACAUCGACAGUACCCGUUUCGAGGGCAUGGGCCUGAAGGAAAUCGUCCGGGAAUGCACCGACUGGCCAAAAUCAAUCGACUGGUUCGAUUCAGUGGUGCACCAGGAUGUGGAACACGUUGAAAAUCUGUCCUUCCUCUCGGCCAACAGUCGAAUGGAGACAUUCUAUCCUCAUCUGGAGCCACUCCGUGAAUGGAAGAUACAGGCGUACUUGAAGGGCGACUCCCUCACCCUCGAGAUCGUUACGUUUGAGGAUUGGUUGGAUGUUGGCAGGUCUUUGCUUGACGACCUAGGUGCCUGUUUGGAGCAACUGGUCAACGAGCCAGAUUCUGCAUUGUUCCAACCGGCGGCAAACGGUGACGCUCUUCAAAACAGGAUGCCGCAAGCCAACGGUACUUCUGCUCCCAACGAAAAGACCACCAGCAAUAGCGAGACUUCCAUCGGCGGGGAACCCUGUCUCAUCCACGGGACAGAUGAUAUCAAGGACAAUUCGACACAAAAUGGUUCAGUACCUGCAUCGAAAGGAACAAACGGACGAGAGCAUGACGAAGGGUUGAAUUUCCCCCAGAAGGUCAAAAGUUGGUUCCCAAAUUUCCGUCAGUGA